UAAGAGAGCUGAGCAAGGGGGCACAGCCAGCAGAAAGGCACUGGCAUCUAGGGAGGCCCCAGCCAGCGGGAUCGUCAGUCUGGGCUGAUCGAGGCAACAUCCAGCCGACACCAUGUCUCGGGGAAGACGCAUCUGGAACUGCCAUCGCAGUAAGAGGCAUUCUCGUUCCACCAGGGCCGAGCUGCAGUUCCCCGUGAGCCGCGUGGACCGCCUCCUGCGAGAGGGUCAGUUUGCCAACCGCCUGAGCUCAGCAACGCCCGUGUUCCUGACUGGCAUCCUUGAGUACCUGACAGCCAACAUCCUGGACCUGGCGGGGAAGGAGGCCUGCGCCAACCACAGGAUACGCAUCAGCCCGGAGCACGUGCAGAGGGCGCUGAUCAACAAUGAGAAUCUCCGCCGCCUCUUCGAGCCCAACGCCUUCGCUCAGCCCGCAUCUGCACCAACCCCUCGCAAGAGGAAGUAGGGAUGCCCAGGCCCCCAAGUCCAGCCACACCUCAUCAGUAGCUUCAUCUCGCCCCAAACUGCCCACAGAUGAGGGAGGCCUGGCCUUUUGCCAUCAGCACUGCUAUUAAAGUUUUCAUGGCUGUGCUUGUAA